CACGCCGUAGUUUACAAAGUCCGUGGGGGGCUUAUUACGAUUAUAUAACCAAACACGUCGUAUUUUAUCCCAAUAAAUCUUAAGGGAUCGGAGUUUGAUAUUAUACAACUUUUUAUUAAUAUAUUAAGGGUCCUAAAUGGCCUGAGAAGAAUCCGAUGGGCUUAACCCGCCAUCAGUUGCUAAUUGGUUCAUUUUCUCAAACUACCUAUUCAUAUUUUUGACAGCUUUACAGCUACAGUAAAGAAAUAGGAGACGUGGCAACUCAUUUAUCUCAAAACCGCCGCUAAUAUUUCAUCUGCAGCUAGUGGCUCCAUCAAUCUUCCCUAGCUUUCAGCUUUUCCCGAGCCGGGCAAAAUGGCGCUCUCGUGGCUACUUGGCGGACGUCGCCAGUCUUCAGCUGUCAGGGGUAUGGCGCUUCGUGAACAAGGGCACGCGGUGUGGCAUAGAUAGGGAGUGGUCCCUCGAGAAACCGAUAGAAAAGUCGACGUUUGACUGCCUGUGAGGGUUGCGGCGCCAGGUUCUUGGUGUAUUGCAUCAAUCCUUUCUUGCUUUUAACCUGUAUUGUCUACCUUUGUAUAUCUUAGGUGCUAUAUUCACCUAGUUACCUUAGGAGGCAUUCUUAAGGUUUUCUAUUCUCGAGCCUGGUUAUGAAAAAGCGGGAAUAAUGCCUCAUCUACGGUCAUCGCUCGUUUGGGCUUGCUUAGGUGCAUCAUUUGCGAGAGCGCAGGAGGUUGUUUAUGUUACUGAUCUUUCUAUUUUCACCGUAUUGGCCCCAUGUGCAGCGGCCGCAGUAUCUGAGAAUGUCCAGGCGCAAACAUACCAAAACUGCCCCGAAGCAGUAACGGAUCUUCAAUCAUGCGUUUGCACCAAGAACAACAACUUCGCCUCGAUAUCGACAGGAAUUUCGAGUUCGGUUAGCCGUAGUUGUGGUUCGACUGCGUCUGAAGACCAAGCGAGUGCGGCGAGCGUGUUUAACGCAUACUGUAACCAGGCGUCAAUUACACCCUUCCCAACUCCCUCUAAUCCGGUCACACAAUAUAUUACCGACUUUGCGGCGUGGCAGGAUCUUGCGCCUUGCGCCGCGAGUGGUUUAUCUUACGUUGUCCAGAGUAUGACUUAUGAUCUAUGCCCUGCAGAGCCGAGCCUUCUUGCAACAUGUGUGUGCAAUAAGAACCAGAAUUCUUUGCUCGCUAGUCAGGGUAUCAACAAGUCCGUGAAAUCCUCAUGCUCGUCCCAUGUUGAGGAUAUAGACUCGGCACAAGCCGUUUUCUCAGGCUACUGCGGGCUGAUCAAAGGAACCUCGUCAUUCCCAACGACUUCGGACCCCCCCGGCGACAUGACAUAUUAUAUUACCGCGCUACCUGAAUAUAGCUCGCUGGCCCCUUGCGCACAAUCUGCAGUGUCGUAUGGAGUAUUAAGUCAAACCUAUGAUCUCUGUCCCGAUGGUCCAAAGGCCCUCGCAUCAUGCGCUUGUCUGAAAAGUAGCAUGUCUGGCUCUAUGCGUAAUGUCAUCACAUCCGACGUGAAAUACUCAUGUGAUUCGACAGCGACCGAAGAUGUCAGUUCAGCAUUACUGGUGUUUGACCUAUAUUGCAGUGCUGCCAAGGGGCUAACAACUCCAGCUGGAGUUACCGAAUCUUUGGAGCAAACAAUGGCUACUUCGAACACCGGGACUUCUGGACCGAAAGAGACCGGGAUUUCAGGGGGAUCUGGAAGUUUAAGUUCCGAAGGUGGUGGAAGGCCUUUAGAGUCCGGAGUGUCGAGUAGCGAUUCUGCUAAUAAAUCUAAUACGGGUACAAUUGUUGGAGUUGUGGUUGGGGUCUUGGCCGCUCUUGCGCUUAUAGGACUCGCGAUAUUUUUCUUCUGGCGACAACGGAGGCAUAGCCAAAACGGUAGUCAGACGAUGUCACAGCCUGUUGACUCGGAAUACAGCGGGAAACCUGAGCUUGAUGGUAGCCAAAAUCCAGAUGUGCUGAAAACCCAAGAAGUUACCCGGGUAGACAACGUUUCGCCAGUGUCCGCAUAUAGCUCACCCAAUACGUCAGAGCUCCAGGGCCAUGGCGGUUAUCCUCAACCGCCUAUUCCACAGAUACCCGAGCUACGUGGUCAGAAUCAUGCGUCACAAAUGCCAAGUCCCAUCUCCCCAUAUACUCCGCAAGAGGCACAUGGUCAACCAGUACACGAAGCUCCAGCUCAAACCGAACCUCGAGUGUACGAAGCGCAUGGCCAACCCAGGUCAGAACUCGAGGGUAUGGGGUGGCAAUCCGGACCUGUGACUGGGCUUCACGAGGUGGACGGGGGCUAUAAAGGACAAUAGUUGAUGGCACCUGGAGACUGCUGUGGAAGUGUAAGUAAUGAAGGGAAUAUAAUACAUAUUAUAUUUAAUAAUUGGACAUACAUAAUAAAAUGGAGCUAUCUAUG